GACCAUUCAGCAUCUGCACCACCUACGUGCUCAAAAUAUACCUAUCACUAUGCUCACCGCGUACGACUACCCCUCCGCUCGUCGGACCGAGCACGGCGACAUCGACAUCUGCCUCGUUGGUGACAGCCUGGCACAGGUUGCGCUGGGAUACGACAGCACCACUCGUCUGACUCUGGACGAGAUGCUCUAUCAUUGUCGUGCGGUCGCUCGUGGGGCAAAGAACCCACUGCUCGUCGCAGACAUGCCUUUCGGCACUUACCAACUCGGACCGAGGGAUGCACUCGACGCGGCAGUACGGAUGGUGAGGGAAGGCAUGAUGGAGGGCGUCAAGCUCGAGGGAGGCGAGGAGAUCCUCGACACAGUGCGAGUGCUGACAGGGCUUGGGAUCCCCGUGAUGGGUCAUAUCGGACUGCUGCCGCAAAGACACGCCAGCCUGUCGGGGUACAAGGUCCAGGGGAAGAACGUCGAAGACGCUCUGUCGAUCGCACGAGCAGCGAAAGCACUCGAGCAGGCGGGAGCGUUCUCCAUCGUCCUCGAAGCCAUUCCCAGCCCUCUAGCAGCACACAUCACCUCCUCCCUGCACAUACCCACAAUCGGCAUUGGUGCCGGAGCACAGUGCUCCGGACAAGUGCUGGUACAGGAUGAUGCUCUUUCUGUCUGGAGUGCGGGACACAAAGCUAAAUUUGUCCGUCGGUUUGCCCAAGUUGGACAAGAGGCACAGCGAGGAGUGGACGGGUAUGCAAGGGCGGUGAGAAGCGGCGAUUUCCCUGCAGACGAGGAGGGUUAUGGGAUGUCUGAGUCAGUAUUCGACAAGUUCAAAGACGCGUUGGGGAAGGAAGGAGAGAGCAGCAUGAUGGCCACGAGCUAGUAAAA